AUGUCGUGGAUAUCCGAUAUCUACGUUACCGUAGCGAUGGUAUUCAUCAAGCUCAUGGUAUACGCGUAUGAAUACCUGACGCUACCAAUCUAUUACAUGUUUAGCGAAACUGGCUACUUCAUGCCUUUCCCCGAAGACGAGCAGACCUACUUUAAAAAGUUCGCCGCUGAAGAGUCGCGCACUCUGAGCCUGCCAGUUAUUCAGGAUGAUCCUGGUUCACCUUGGCGUGCUGUUGAGUACAUUGACAACCUAGCUACUGUUGCGCUACCCGGAUGUUCUACUCUUGCUGAUCUUUGGCUUCGUACAAUCAAGUUGUGGCCGAAUAAAUCUGCCCUUGGCACUAGACAAAUCUUGCAAACUGAUUAUGAGGUCCUCCCAAAUGGCAAGAAAAUGGUAAAACUGACCAUGGGUGAGUAUAUAUGGGAGACGUAUGUGGAGGCAGAGAGUCGUGUUUCAGCUCUUGCGGCUGGUUUGCGAAAUCUUUUGGGCCCCCUUGAGAAGAACAGAAAGGGUGAUGGAGAUUCUCCCACUCCCCUGGUCCUCUUUUCUGAAACGCGUGCCGAGUGGCUCUACGCGGCGGAGGCGAGUUGGCGCAUCAACAGACCGAUUGCCACUCUCUAUGCCAGUCUUGGUGACGACGCUAUUGUCCAUGGGCUUGAGCAGACUGAGGCCUUCGUGGUUUUCACCAGCGACGAACUGCUCUCCAAGGUGGUGAACUUGUUGCCACGCUGCCCUCUCGUGAAGUACGUUAUCUUCUUCUCCAAUGGGGUUAUCCAAAAGCACAGUGGUAGGGCUGUUGAGGACUUGGGGCGAUUCAACGACACAGCGCGUCUCUCCGUCGAGACAGCCCGAAAGGCUCUGCCUGAGGGCGUCAAGCUCUACGAUAUACUCGAGCUGGAGGAACAAGGCAGGGCCAUCAUCCGUGAGGAACUUGCCACUGACACCGAGCUUUUGAUCAACUGGCAACCACCGGCUGAGGAGCGCCCCAAACCCAACGAUUUAGCCGUUAUUAUGUACACCAGCGGAUCCACUGGAACCCCAAAAGGAGUGGAAAUAGUGCACGACAACAUCAUCUGCACCAUUGCGGGUCUUUUCCGCCGCAUGCCGAAGUUGAACCCCGAGUCAGACCUCUACAUUGGCUAUCUUCCGCUGGCCCACGUGCUGGAACUCACCUGCGAACUGUGCAUCCUUAUCAUGAGUAUCCCCAUUGGCUUUUCCAACCCCCAGACCCUCAUGGACACCUCCACGCGCAUCAAGAAAGGCGCCUGCCAUGGCGACAUUAACGUGCUCAAGCCCACCCUUCUAGCCACCGUGCCCGUCGUCCUGGAUCGCAUUGCAAAGUCGGUGUGGGAGAAGGUCAAAGAAGGCGGCCCUCUUAUGGAAGCUAUUUUCCACUUCGCCUACGACUACAAGUGCCGACGUUUGCACACGGGCUUCCCGAGCUUCUUGGUUAACCUCCUCAUCUUCCGCAAGGUGCGCGCUCUCGUCGGUGGUCGUCUGCGUUUACUCGUUUCUGGCGGUGCCCCACUUUCGGAGGAAUCGCAUCUUUUCACAAACCGAUUUUGUAUCCCCUUCCAUCUCUUUGCAUUGUCAUACUGUUGUGACUUUACAUGGCACUUUCCGAUUUAUAAGGUUGAAUACGGUCUGACAGAGACGUGUGCAGCUGCCACCCUGAUGGAAUGCGGCGACCUGCGAGGACACCACGUGGGCGCGCCCAUUCCAAGCGUUCAAAUACGUCUGCGUGCCUGGAAGGAGGGUGGUUACUCGCCCUAUGAUAAGCCCUUUCCCCGCGGUGAGAUCCUUAUCGCUGGUGGUAGUAUUACUCGUGGUUACUACAAGAACCCUGAAGCUACUGCUGAGGCCUUCUUCACCGACAAAAAUGGUCUCCGCUGGUUCUGUACUGGUGACAUUGGGAUGAUCCACCAGGACGGCAGCUUCUCCAUCAUCGAUCGCAAGAAGGACCUGGUGAAGCUUCAGGGAGGGGAGUACGUGUCGUUGGUGAAGGUGGAGCUGGCGUUAGGCCAGUCAGUCUACGUGGAGAACGUCUGUGUGUAUGCGGACCCACGGGAGAACUACACAAUCUGUUUCAUCUAUCCUAAACUCACCACGUUACGCAAAUUGGGGGACGAGUUGGGCCUCCUUGACGCAGCUGCCGAGGCUGCGAUCGCUAGUUUACCGCCGGACAAGGCGGAGGAACCGACAGCUCGAUCGUUGGCUGAACAUGCCUUCCUUUGCCAUCACCCUCAGGUGAUUGAACGAGUAACCGAAGAUGUUCGGCGGGUGGGUGCAGCAAAACGGCUCGCUUCUUUCGAGAUUCCACUGAAGGUGGUUUUGGAUCCUAAUCCUUGGACGCCAGAGUCGGGCUUAGUGACGGACGCCUUGAAGAUCAAACGUUUUAAUAUCAAGAAGAAGUUCGAGGAGGAUAUUAAGAGAAUAAUCGGGUUUUUAGUCCUCCUCCUAGUUGACAAUCCGGCGUUCGGUUCUGGGUGCGGUCUCAGUCCGUCCUGGUUGGGCUUACUCUGCCGAUGUUGUGUCCGUCAGUAUGGCGCUGGCGGGAGGACGUAG